GCGCCCCGCCCCUCUCCCGAGAGCUACGCGGCGGCGGAGCGCAGGCCUCGUGCCGUAACGGCCAUCGCUGCGGCCGCGGCGGCGUCCCGGUGCCUUCUUCAGUGCUGAAGCUGCUGAAAGAUGGCAGAAGAAGUGGUGGUAGUAGCCAAAUUUGAUUAUGUGGCCCAACAAGAACAAGAGCUGGACAUUAAGAAGAAUGAAAGAUUAUGGCUUCUGGAUGAUUCUAAGUCCUGGUGGCGAGUUCGAAAUUCCAUGAAUAAAACAGGAUUCGUGCCUUCUAACUAUGUGGAAAGGAAAAACAGCGCUCGGAAAGCAUCUAUUGUAAAAAACCUAAAGGAUACCUUAGGUAUUGGAAAGGUGAAAAGAAAACCUAGUGUACCAGAUUCUGCAUCUCCAGCUGAUGAUAGUUUUGUUGACCCAGGGGAACGUCUCUAUGACCUCAACAUGCCUGCUUAUGUGAAAUUUAACUACAUGGCUGAGAGGGAGGAUGAAUUAUCAUUGAUAAAAGGGACGAAGGUGAUCGUCAUGGAGAAAUGCAGUGAUGGGUGGUGGCGGGGUAGCUGCAAUGGACAAGUUGGGUGGUUCCCUUCAAACUAUGUAACUGAAGAAGGUGACAGUCCUUUGGGUGACCAUGUGGGUUCUCUGUCAGAGAAAUUAGCAGCAGUCGUCAAUAACCUAAAUACUGGGCAAGUGUUGCAUGUGGUACAGGCUCUUUACCCAUUCAGCUCAUCCAAUGAUGAAGAACUUAAUUUUGAGAAAGGAGAUGUAAUGGAUGUUAUUGAAAAACCUGAAAAUGACCCAGAGUGGUGGAAAUGCAGGAAGAUCAAUGGAAUGGUUGGUCUGGUGCCAAAAAACUAUGUUACCAUUAUGCAGAAUAAUCCAUUAACCUCAAAUUUGGAACCGUCACCUCCACAGUGUGAUUACAUUAGGCCAUCACUCACUGGGAAGUUUGCUGGCAAUCCUUGGUAUUACGGCAAAGUCACCAGGCAUCAAGCAGAAAUGGCAUUAAAUGAAAGAGGGCAUGAGGGGGAUUUCCUCAUUCGUGAUAGUGAAUCUUCGCCAAACGAUUUCUCAGUAUCACUAAAAGCACAAGGGAAAAAUAAGCAUUUUAAAGUCCAACUAAAAGAGACUGUUUACUGCAUUGGGCAGCGUAAAUUCAGCACCAUGGAAGAACUUGUAGAACAUUACAAAAAGGCACCGAUUUUUACAAGUGAACAAGGAGAAAAAUUAUAUCUUGUCAAGCAUUUGUCCUGAUACUGAUGACCAGAAGUGACUGCUACAUAGUUUUAAUUUGUCAUGUAAUUGAAGACUGAGAAAAUGGUGGUCCAGUCGUGCAUGAUUGGAAAUUGCUAUUUCUAACUCUAUAUGAGAAUUGACUGUAAUACAUAAGUAUUUUUAUUAUAACUCAGCCCAUAUAUAUAUAUAAAUAUGAAUGCGAUGCAUCUGCAUAGAACAAUUCUUAUCCUUGAUCUUCUGUUUUAUUGUUUUCUUUGCCAUUUUUUUUCUUUGCUUCUAAUGUUAAGGUUUUGUAUUUUGAAAAAAGAAUCAAAUAAUGCAGAUCUGAAGUCUUUUUAUGGAAGAAUUCCUUUAUUGCUUUUCCUUUAUUUCCUUGUAAAGGCACCAUAUUACUUCUGUCAUGAUUUCUCUUCUUAUAAAAUUAUUAUAUCUAUAUAUGACAUAUGCUAAAA